AAUGCUGACCAGGAAUCUCUGUCCAUCUCUCUCCCUUCGCAGCAAGCACAGGUCAUUGUCAACAACGCCCUGAGACUCUACUCCCAAGACAAAACAGGCAUCGUGGAUUUUGCUUUGGAAUCCGGAGGUGGCAGCAUUUUGAGCACUCGCUGUUCAGAGACCUACGAAACCAAAACGGCGCUGCUGAGCCUCUUUGGAAUUCCCUUGUGGUAUUUCUCCCAAUCGCCCCGCGUAGUGAUCCAGCCUGACAUGUACCCUGGAAACUGCUGGGCUUUCAAAGGAUCACAGGGUUACCUGGUGAUCAGGCUUUCGAUGAUGAUUUAUCCAACAUCUUUCUGCCUGGAACACAUCCCAAGAUCGCUUUCACCCACAGGCAAUAUUACCAGCGCCCCGAAGGAUUUCUUAGUCUACGGUCUUGAAAAUGAAUAUCAAGAAGAGGGAAUACUUCUGGGCCAGUAUACAUACGAUCAGGAUGGAGAACCAUUACAGAUGUUUCCGGUCUCGGAGACAACUGAUAAAGCAUUCCAAAUAGUGGAACUAAGAAUAUUUUCCAAUUGGGGUCAUGCAGAAUAUACGUGCCUCUAUCGCUUCAGAGUGCACGGGCAAACUGCUGAAUGAACACUACGCUUAUUUUCCUACACUGGUUAUACAUCAUUUCUGUUUUUAAGUUUAUAAAGGGAAAUUUUGAACACUGGAAUCUUUAAAAAGAUGAAGAUGUGUAAUGUCCAACAGGUUGUGUUACUCUUUCCUGGCUAAACGUAGAAGAUUGCCAACAAAAUUGUAUCCCAAACCUAAUGGUUAUUUGCUCAAGAUGCUCAGCUUGUAACUGCCAGACAGCUUUAUGUUUUUAAUGUGUUCUUUCCGAAGGGGGGGAAAAAAAACCCCGCAUGCCAACUGCUCUCAUUCCUAAGCCCAAUUAGCAAAUCACUAACCCCUCUUUUAAUAAAUCAGAAGAUAAACCUUUUAAAUUUUUCCUUUUGACCGUUAGGAAUCUGGUAUUUUUAUUUUUAUUUUUAUUUUUUUUAAAAUAUUGGGACUCUCCUCUGCACCUGGAUGUGAUUAAGAUAACAAGGACUGUUGGUGAAAUUUAGCAUGUUCUGUUGUUUAUGCAGUUCCCAAUCAGAUGAAGGUUUGUUUGCAAUUCCAGCACAAGCUUUGAAACUAAGGUCUAUUACCACUGCUCAGAGUGUUGCUUGACAAAACUGCUUCAUCCUUGAAGCUACUUCAUCACUUCCAGUCAUUUCCGUGCAACAUUUAAUUCUUAGGUUGAAGUUUCUGAUUUCAACUGAAGUUUGCUUUUAUAUCCAUCUUCCAGGUUUAGAAUGCUUUCCCUUAAAUAUAUAUUAGUAAACAAAAAAAACAUCCUUUAUUUUAACAUCCAAAUGAAUAUCAGUAGUGAUUGUUUUAACGUAGAAAGGGCUUGAGUCUAAUUUGAUGGGUUCUAGUAAGAAAUAGGGAUGGAGUGUGAAUUGGUAAGUUGCCUCGUGUGCCGAAGGCAAAAUAUCUCCCAUGUGUUAGCAGCGAGGGAAACAGGUGGAUUAAGGACUUUGUUACAUGGAGAAUGGUUUGGAUGGAAUUGAAUUAGACAGAUCCAGAAUAGUAGUUGGCUACCAUGUGAUGGGAGAUAAUGAAAAGGAAAUGUAGAGAUGGAGUCAGGCGUAGAAGAUUAAAGUAGGAACACUAAACGUCAAAAGAAAGCAGUUUGCCAGUAAAAUUCAGGCCUGGAGCUUAUUCGCACGUUGGGUUUUGUGCAGUUUACUCUUCUCAGAGUUCUCUUUGGGAUUGCUGCUAAUCUCUGAAAAUUCAGGGGAAGCUUCACAAGGCCGAAUAUAUGGGAAACCACAAAAGGCACUGUUUUGAAUCGGUUCUCCAAAAAAAGGAUCUAUUUACUUUUUUUUUUUUAAAGCAUGCAUAUGCACAUGAUAAAAAUGGGCUAUCAAAUUCAAGAUGGCACCUGGAGCAAUUAUUAGAUUCUAUGGGGAAUUUCCCUUAAAGUCAUUGUUCAGAAUCCCUGGCAAUUCAGCUUCCUUUUUUAAAAUUUAAUUUUGAAAUGUUGUCAGGAUCUGGCUCAAAAAGCUUUUUUUUUUUUCCUAUGAAAAUGGUACUUUCCUGGGAUUUUGGAAGGUAAACUCUGAUUUCAGAAAAAAGACAUGCUGAUAUUUUUUUUUAUUUUUUCAUAUGUUGCACAAGAGUCCUGAGAUAUUUAUAAAAGCAAGUUUUAUUCUUGAAUACCACUUGUUCUGCUGCAUUUAGCUUAAACUAGAACCAGUGGCUAUUGAGAAAAGCUUAGUAAAACCUGUCAACAGUUUUUGAUUCCAAAUUAUCCUGUAUAAAUCCAGAUAGGGGAGGGCAGGGUUGGUUCGUUUGUUUUGCAUAACACUAACUUAUUUUUAAAAAAAUGAGAUAGGACUUUGUGCAAUGUAUUUUUGUAAAUGCUUUUUCAAAAUAUUUGUCUCUGGUAUCCUUUGCUGCCUCCUAACUGACCAGAAGCUAUUGAAAAAAGUUUAAGAAUUUUAAUUUUUGAAAGUGCAUGUAAUAUUUGGAAAUAAGAAUAAAGUUUCCUUUUGGAUAUUUA